AUGGCAUCCGUGAAGAUCGAGUGCGUCGCCAGCAAGGGCUACGGGAUCGGAGAGUCGCCCGUCUGGGACGAGAAGGAGAGCGCGCUCCUCUGCGUGGACAUCACGGGGAGGAAGGUGUGCCGCUGGAGCGCGGUCACCAAGCAAGUGGAGGCCAUCGCCGUGGACGCUCCCGUGAGCUCUGUAGCUCUCCGGAAAUCUGGGGAUUAUGUCAUCACCCUGGGAACCAGGUUUGCCGCUUUGAAAUGGAAAGAGCAGCUGGUAACCACCAUUGCUCACGUGGACAAGGAUAAACCAAACAACCGAUUCAAUGACGGGAAGGUGGAUCCUGCGGGGAGGUAUUUCGCAGGUAUGCUGCAGGCAGUUCUGUGUGACUGUUCAGCCUGGGGGAGAGAAGGCUCGGGGUUUUAUCUGUGCCCCGACCUCUCCGUGGUGAAGCACUUUGAUCAGGUGGACAUUUCUAAUGGGCUGGACUGGUCGCUGGAUCACAAAACCUUCUUUUACAUUGACAGUUUGUCCUACUCAGUGGAUGCCUUUGAUUAUGACAUCCAAACUGGAAAAAUUGGCAACCGCAGGAGUAUAUACAAACUGGAAAAAGAGGAAAGCAUUCCUGAUGGGAUGUGCAUUGAUACAGAAGGCAAACUCUGGGUGGCUUGUUAUGAUGGUGGGAGAGUGAUUCGUCUUGACCCUGAGACGGGAAAAAGACUCCAGACUGUGAAACUUCCUGUUGACAAGACAACUUCCUGCUGCUUCGGAGGAAAGGAUUAUUCAGAAAUGUAUGUGACUUCUGCCAGAGACGGGAUGGAUGAAGAGUGGCUCUCACGGCAACCGCAGGCCGGCGGGCUUUUCAAGAUAACUGGGCUAGGGGUGAAAGGAGUCCCACCGUAUCCGUUUGCAGGUUAAAUGUGCUCUCUGCUGAACGGAUUAGAGAGAACUGACGCAAGCAAGACAAGUCGGAAGGUGUUACUCUGGUCUUCAGCAUCUUUUGCUUUGAAACCAUAACACAGUUACAGUAUCUCAUCAAGAAAGGAUGAAAAACUACUGAAAUACAUGGAAUAUUUUAAAACU